AUGGCUGAAAGUGCAGUGAACUCUACCAAUGACCGCCAAAACAGAAGGGGUGUAUUGGAAAUAGAAGCAUAUGAUAGGAUGGUUGCUUCAAACAAGCAAUUAUCUCAACAAAUGACAGCUAUGCAACGACAAUUUCAGGCAGCCAAGAUAUCUAAUGUGGAUAGUAUACAUUGUGGAACAUGCGGUGGUCCUCAUGCCAGUGAAGAUUGCGGAGCAGAUUUUGACAAGGAAGUCAAGGCUUUGGGAGGAAAUAAUCAGAGGCAAUAUUCAAAUCAAAGAUUCCAGUCUCAGAAUUCAGGACCUCAACAGAAUCAGGAUCAAGGCAGUGGCAAUGGGAAGAAUAGCUUAGAAGAAUUGAUGGAGAAUUUCAUUAACAAAGCAAAUACUAGUUUCAAAGAUCAUGAAGUUGCUAUAAAAAAUUUGGAGACUCAGGUGGGACAUAUGGCCAAGCAAAUGUCAGAAAGACCCCCAGGUAUGUUUCCUUCAGAUACUGUCAUUAAUCCUAAAGAAAAUUGCUCUGCCAUAACUCUUAGGAGUGGUGCUACCUUGAGUGAGCCUAAACAGAAAAUUGUAGAAAACAAUAAUGUCAAUGAUGAGUUUGUAGGAGAUAUUGAACCUUUAGGAGAAAAUAAGAAAAAACAGAAAGAAAAAGAAGAGGAAAAGAGAAAAGUAGAAUUAGAAAAAAAGUUUACCAAAGUCCCUUUUCCCCCUUUCCCCACUAACAUAGCAAAGAGAAGGUUGGAGAAGCAAUUCUCCAAGUUUGUAUCUAUGUUUAAAAAGUUGCGUGUAGAGCUCCCAUUCUCUGAAGUUUUGGAAAAAAUGUCUCAAUAUGCUAAAUUCAUGAAGGAGAUACUCUCAAAGAAAAGGAGGUUGAGUGAAGAGAAUGAGAUCGUUGAGCUUACUGAGGAGUGUAGCGCUAUUCUACAAAGGAAGCUUCCACCCAAACGAAAGGAUCCAGGUAGUUUCACUCUACCUGUUAAUUUUGGGGCUUCAAAGCAAGUUAGAGCCUUAUGUGAUUUAGGGUCAAGCGUCAACUUAAUGCCCCUAUCAAUGUUUGAGCGACUUAAUGUUGGAGAACUGAAGCCGACUAUGAUGAUGCUUCAACUAGCGGAUCGCUCCAUAGUGGCUCCAUAG